GAGAGCCAAGCUUCUCUUACAUGAGUGAGAGUGAGAUAGAGAGAAAGGGUGUGUGUGUGUGUGUGUGUGUGUGUGUGUGUGUGGGGAGUGGAGUGGAGUUCACAGUGAGGCAGAGCUACACAAGACAGCCGGGAAAACAUUGGCACAGGGUCAAACUGCAGCUGGAAAAAAUCUACGGCAACCUGGGCAUCUGCUUCAUCAUCCUCAUCAUCUAGACAGGAUCAUGGCUGCACGCUGUGUUGUUCUUCUUAGCACACACUGAGUGGUGGAGUGGAAAUCAGAAGGGGCAGGAGGGGCAUCAUGAUCUCUCAGUACCCCCUGGCGUCUCUGCUCCCGUGGCCCCCGCUGCCCCUCUGCCUGGAGCUGGACGCUGACGGAGGAGUGGCACUGCAGAGAUACCAGCCACGAUCGCCAGACAGCAGCCCUCGACACUGGAGCUCAGUGCAGGACUGGGGUGAGGAGGUGGAGGAGGGGGCCGUUUACAGCGUCACACUCAAGAGGGUCCAAAUCCAGCAAGCAGCCAACAAAGGGGCAAGAUGGCUGGGGGUGGAGGGUGAUCGGUUGCCCCCGGGUCACACGGUCAGUCAGCUGGAGACGUGUAAGAUCCGCAGUAUUCGCGCAGGGACGCUGGAGCGGCUGGUGGAGACUCUGCUCACGGCGUUCGGCGACAACGAUCUCACCUACACCAGCAUCUUCCUGUCCACCUACAGAGCCUUCUCCAGCACACACAGCGUCCUGCAGCUGCUGCUUGACAGGUACGGACACAUGGAGGACAGUGACAAAGAAGGCAGUCCGAGCCAAGGCGGGGACAAUCGAGGCGCAGUGAGAACGGCGUUAGCGUCCAUCCUGAGGGCUUGGUUAGAUCAGUGUCCUGAAGACUUUCAGGAGCCGCCGUCUUACCCGAGUCUGCGCAGGGUUUUAGAGUUCCUGAAGAAGGCCAUGCCGGAGUCAGAACCGACGCGGAAAGCGCAGAGUCUGUUGGAGCAGCUACAGAGUCAAUCCAGCGGGGACAGCGAACCGGACGGUGGUUUCCAUGGUAACAGCCCGUUCUGCCUGGGCGAGGAUGAGGAAGUGGAGAUCGAGGUUCAGGAGGACUUCCUGUCCUUCAGCGCCGACCUGGUGGCCGAGCAGCUCACCUACAUGGACGCGCUGCUCUUCAAGAAGGUGGUUCCUCAUCACUGUCUGGGUUCUGUUUGGUCUCAGAGAGAUAAGAAGGAGAACAAACAGGCAGCUCCGACUGUCAGAGCCACCAUCACCCAGUUUAACGCCGUGGCCGGCUGCGUGCAGAGCACCGUCCUUCACCCGAGACACCUGCGACCGCACCUACGAGCGCGGAUCAUCCAGCGGUGGAUCGACGUGGCACAGGAGUGUCGCAUCCGUAAGAAUUUCUCCUCCCUGAAAGCCAUCGUCUCGGCCCUGCAGUCCAACCCCAUCUACAGACUGAAGAGAGCGUGGGCCUGCGUGCACAAAGACAGCAUGCAGAUGUUUGAGGAGCUCUCAGACAUUUUUUCAGAUCACAACAAUUAUCUGACGAGCCGAGAGCUGCUUAUGAGGGAGGGCACGUCGAAGUUCGCCAAUCUGGAGAACUGUGCCAAGGAGCAUCAGAAGCGCUCGCAAAAGAGACUGCAGCUGCAGAAAGAGACGGGCGCCAUGCAGGGCACUAUUCCUUACCUGGGAACGUUUUUGACAGAUCUGACCAUGCUGGACACAGCGCUGCCCGAUUUGGUCGAGGGCAGCCUGAUCAACUUUGAAAAGAGGAGGAGGGAGUUCGAGGUAAUCGCUCAGAUCAAGCUGUUGCAGUCUGCGUGUAACAGUUACUGCCUGAACCCUGACCCCGCCUUCCUGCGCUGGUUCAAGACCCAACCCCAACAAACUGAGGAAGAGAGCUACGGUCUGUCCUGUGAGAUUGAGGGACUCGGAGACAGCAGUCCCACGUCACCAAAGUCCCGCACCAGUAUGGUGAAGAGAUUGAGCCUGCUCUUCCUGGGACCGGACUCCACCUCGAGCACAGCCGCAAGUUCCCCUUUGAGAGAAACGGUUCGAUCGCCCCCUACUGGCAGCUCGGGGGAGAGCAUGGACUCGGUUAGCGUGUCCUCCAGCGACUCGAGUCCGUCAGACAGCGAGAGCAUGACGCCCACACACACUCUCUGCUCCCAGAUGAACAAGAUGUCCGACUCUUCCUCCUGCACGUCCCUGCACUCCAUGGACACGUCCUCGUCCUCGGCUAGCGGUUCCGCGGGCUUGUGCACUCACCGCCGCUGCGGGUCGCUGACGCCGUCUCCAACGUCGCCGAUAUCACCCGUGUACAACACACAGACCCAGGACGCCUGCAUCAUCCGGGUCAGUCUGGAGCACGGCAACGGAAACCUCUACAAGAGCAUCAUGUUAACGAGCCAGGACAAAACCCCAGCGGUGAUCAGCAGAGCCAUGGCGAAACACAACCUGGACGAGGAACAAGCCGAAGCCUACGAGCUCGUCCAGGUCAUAUCAGACGACAGAGAGCUUGUGAUUCCCGACAACGCCAACGUCUUUUACGCCAUGAACACGUCGGCCAACUUUGACUUCGUCCUGCGCACUCGCGGCUCAGAAGGACGGCCGGUGCAGCUGCGGUCCCGCUGCAGCUCCACGUUACCGCGCAUGCAGCCACGCGCCAGCCUGUCUGUCAGGCUCAGCAAGGUCACACUUUGACCUUUGACUCCAGCCUGUGUCUGUGUGUACACAUGUAGACAUACAGAAUGUCUCUCUUUAAAGCCGCUACAUGAAGUGGACGGUCCGGCGAUGCCUGUUUUAAGUGCAAUGCUCUAAACAAACAAACAAAACAGACAGUAUUUGAGGCCUCGUUCUUCGCUUAUGCAUUCACGGACCAGUGAUGUUCUCAUGACUCUGAAAGGCUAAAGCUGUACCUCUGAAUGGAUUUGCAAAACACUCGUGCUUUAUCAGUAUUCAGCUCUUAUUGAGCGUCUCUCUCUCUCUCUCUCUCUCUCUCUCUCUCUCUGCCUUUACUCAUGAUGAUGAUGAUGAUGAUAAUGGGACACUUACGUCAUUGGAAGUAAUUAACAGGACCUAUGAUGUCAUCGCCAUGUGUAUUUCUUCAUGCCCUCGUGUGCACUUAUGCUUAAGCGUCUGCAAGUUCCUCUCGGCGCCCCCCGCAGGCCCCAACGUGAGAUUCACGGAACUAAAUGACGAACGAAACACGUUCCGACCGGUUCCUGAUCGUCCUCACUUACCGAUAUGAAGACUCGCCGACUCGGGAUCACGGACUGGGCUGAGCUCUGAUUGGUUGCACUUGUUAGUAUUUAGUGAGAGGAAGUGAGGAAUUGUAUUAAAACGAGAAAAAAAAUGUAUUAUUGUAUUGAAAAAUGUAUUAUUAUAUUUCAGUCUUCCACCUGACACUAGGAAAAUAUUAAGGUUCUUUUUUUUUUUUUUUGUAAAAAGUAGCUUUAACAUAAAAUUUAAAAAAGGAAUUGGAAAGUUUUUUUUAUUAAUUUUCUGGUUCUAAUUAGAAUCCUGACUGUGAAGCGUUAAAGGUAACGGUGUGUCCACAGGUGACGUCCCGAGUGCGCCACGUCCCCCGUCUCAUCCUGCAUUUUCUUUCACUGAUUCACUUUUUUUCAUAGUUCAUGUUUUGGUUCUGUCCCAGCUCCACGUGCACGAUUUUCCUUUUAUGCUUUUAGUGCUGAUAGUUCAAUUUAAUAACGUGUGACGAGCGCAUGAACGUGUGACGGCGUCAUAUCCCAGUGAAAAGUAUAGAAAGCUGGUGUGUGGGCUUUCCCGAUAGAGAUCGACCUUAUUGAAUAAACAACAACAACAAUGUGCGUUACCAUGGAGUCGGGUUCGAAUUACGCGCUCUAUAGCUGUAAGGGUUUAUACACGGAAAUUAGCAGCGUUUUGCCUUUUUCAAGGUAGAACUGCACGAGAGCUCGGAAUAACGACGGAGUGAAGUGAGGAAAUGAUUUAAGAACAAGUUAAUGAUGAUAACAAACUAGAAAUUAAAGGAGAAUUUAGGAUUAGGGACGUUUCAGGAAGCCCACGUCUAAGUAAUUAUUAAAAAUACUUUUUUUUUUUCCACAUCCUAAGUGUGUCUAUUCAGAAUUGACGAAAAAAAAUUAUUUGUCUGGUACCCAGCCUCAUCUGAUUUACGACUGAAACAUUCUUACACAGUUUCACAGCACCGCAGUAUCCAGUGACAUUUACAGAAAAGUUGGGUUAUAUUAAUAAAUAUGGCAGUUUUAGCUGUUUAAUUACUCAAAUGUAUAUUUCCUAUUCAUAAUUUCAUAAUUUGUAAUUAUAAACGUUUAAAUUAAUCUUCACUAAAAAAAAUUUUCUGUUGUUUUUCCACCGACUUGGAAGCACUGGGUUGUUGUUGUUUUUUUCGGUUUGGGUUUUUUUUUUUAUUGGGAAAACAAUGUUUUUGAUUAAAAAAAAAAAAAAAAAAGUGCUAUUUGUAAUAAUAAUUUGUAAAAUAUACAUUUAUAAAACAAAGAAAGAAAGAAUGGAUUUAAAUUUUAAUUUUAAGAAAUGCUGAUAUUUACAAGGACGAGUUGAACUUAAUUUCGUAAAAGCUUCACAUCGAUUCGACUCUAAUUAGAAUAAACUCACUAAGCGGUGGAAGAUUAGCAUUAAAAGUUUUUUUUUCCUUGUAAAAAUAACCUGGAAAAUAAAUUGGGGGAACAAACCUGAUUUAAAAGCAAAAUAAAACAGUCAAGUCAUAUAAAAUCAAAAUGAGAAAUUAGUAAUAGAUAAUUUAUUGAUAUAUACAGACCAUGGUUGAUCCUAGGGGGCGGAGCUUCAUGUACAUUUGAACAGCGAGUGUACCUGACAGUGUUUAAAAGCUCAUCUGUCACACCUUUAAUUAAAAUGGAGUUUGUGUAGAAAAAGUAAUUGCUGUUGUGACUCGUGUUUGUGAUAAACAAUGCAAAAAAAAAAAUAACAAUAAUAAUAAGACUGUGUUUAUUUAUACUGUGUAUGAGGAGCUGGACCAGACCUAAAACUUUUUGAACUUUUUUUUUUUUCCUCAUUUUUCUUUUUUCCCUUCUCACACACACACACGCACACUAAAGUAAAUCUUUUCCAUUAACGGUCCUACAUGCAUGUGUUUUUUUUUGUUUGUUUGUUUGUUUAUUUUUUUUCACAUAUUGUUUUACAUUUCCUAAUUUAACACUAAAUACUUGAGUUGUUUAGUAUUUCCUGUUUUUUUUUUCUUCUGUAUUCUUGAUAAAUCUCAUCUCUCUAACACACACGCACACACUUACGUUUCAGCAGUUCUGGGACUGUCGCACAUCAGGACGUGUUCACGCCUCGGUCACGUGUGUCAUGUGUCACUUUGUUUAAACAGUAUUUCAACUAAUAUUUUUAUUAGAAAGUGAAAUAAGAGUCUUCCAGCUUUUUUUCAGUUCCAAUACAGCACUUGUGAAUUUUCUUUUUUUUUUUCUUCACUGCCAAAGAAUCUUUAAUUGCGACACUUAGUGAAUAAAUUAUUACAGUCAUUACGAUUUGAGAAAAAUGUUUUUUUGUAAUUGAGUAUUAACUUUCUUGAAUUAAACUGAACCUGAAGAACAA